UUUCAAAGUACAAAUUUACCUCCAUCUAAUGCUGUUUAUGGCCCUAAAGAUAAUGGCUUUUGGACGGCAAAGAAAGGAAAAACAACUUUCCCGUUUGCUUUCAAGAUUCCAAUUGAUGCCCCAAGUUCUGUGAAAUAUGGCAAUAAUGCUAGUUUAAAAUACGUUGUGACCGGAGUGGUUCAGUUUAUGAACGUUACCAAAGAUAACAAGGAAGACACAUUAUUUAAAUCAAAGGAAGCAUUUGUUGUCGAGGCUUGGGACAGUGACAAUCCUCUUUACAAAACACCCGUGGAUGCUGUUAAUAUGAAACAAUUAUGGAUGGGAGGACCUGGCGCUGUUAUGAUUGAAAGUUCUUUAAUUGAAAUUCUAUUCCAAAGUGGUGGAAAUGUCAACGUCAAAGUUAGGGUAAAAAACGAUACGAAAAGACGAGUUCAAGGAAUCAAAGUAGCAAUUUUACAGCGACUUCUCAUUCUUGCAAAUAAAUCUAAAAAAGAGAUUGAUGAAGUUAAAAUUGUUGGUGAAACUGUAGCAGAAGAAUGGUUCAAAGACAAAGAUUUCUGCUUUGAUUGUGGCGAAGAUCGAACUACAACUGUUCAUAUUCAUAAAAAUGUAAGGUCAAUAAGAAAUACGGCACUUUUCGAAGUCGUAUGCUAUGUAGUUGUAUCAUUGUAUUUAGGUCCUUUUACGAAAGACCUCACAGUUCACCUACCUGUUAAUAUUGCACACUCCGCAUCAUUACAACCUGUACCUUUAGUUGAUGCCGAUCUUAAUGUUUUUCCAAAUCACUAUAACAUGAUGGAUGAAAAUACUGACCUUUUUGUUGAAGAU